AAUGAAGCAUAAAGGUACAUGGUAUCAUGAACAGCAAAUUUUACUACCCAAUUUUAGUGGGAAAUGAACAAAGUCUAUUGCAAAUAUUAAGGACAAAGAUGAGUUGACAUUAUGAAGAAGUCCUACAAUCCGAUUUCGGACGUAAGAAACGAGAACGUCGAGUUAUCAAGACGUCUUUACAGAGCAAUAUCUGAUGCCUCUAGACAUCUGGAUGACCGUCGUGGAAGGGCCCAAACAUGCAAUGACUUGUUCUUGCCUAAUGUGGAGACCCAACGGGUGAAGCUGAGAGAAUACUGUGAGCGCUUGAUUUUCUCAGAUCCUGUAGGCUAUGGGCGGAAGGGAGAAGAACUCCUGUGGAGGAAGGGCUACUAUGAUGUUGUCACAACAGCCAAAAGGCUCAGAAAGAACAACACAUGGAGCCCUCAGGAAGUAGCACACAUGCAGAGCCAUCUAGCAGCAGGAGUGGGACAUUAUCAUCAUCUUUUGUUUCGGCUACAGAUUGAAUUCAAGCUGGAUCUUUAUGGACUUGUUGAUUUUCCAUUAAUAUUGUAUGAUGAGGGAUUAAAGAAAGACAAAGCGUCGUCAUCCAGCAAAGCACUGGAAAGUAACUGUGUGGAUUGGGCUAAGCAGGCUGUGCACCGAUGUUUGGUUUAUCUGGGUGAUCUGAGUCGCUACUUCUUAGAUCUGCACCCUCACUGGGAUACUGGGCUAGCUGUGCGCUAUUAUUUGCAAGCACUGAAUAUGAAUGUAGAUGUUGGGAUGCCUCACAACCAACUGGGCACGCUAUCAGGGACGUGUAAUUACGGGCUGGAUGCAGCGUACUAUUACAUGCGAUGUUUGAUGUGUAAGCAGCCAUUUGAAGGUGCAGAAGGUAAUUUGGAAAGGUUGCUGGAGAAAAGUACGCAGUGGUUAGAACAGCACUGUGACAACCAGUACCAAGUUGAAGAUGCGUUGUCAGUUCAGCCUGCUGAGCGCAUUCACAGACUGAUAGCAAGAUUCCUGCUACUUACUGACGUAUGGUUCUUUGAUAGGAAGUCGCUGGUUGAGAGUAAUCAAGUGUGCCAUCAACUGUUACUAGACCUACAGCACUGCAUGGCACUUCCGAAGCCAUUCGCAGGUGGCAGUAAAUGUGAGAUGAAAGGAGGGCAGUUAGAUGAGGAACAUCUGUCACUCUUUCAGAGAAGCGAGGAAAAUCAAGAAAGACCAGAAUAUCUCGGGGAUGAUCUCAUCUUCAAAAUGGUUGUCAUGUCACUCCUGUGUAUCACAAAAUUGCAGACUAGCGGUUCACAACAAGCAUCUGCUGUAGUUGGAUUCAUAUUAGCCAUGUUUUCUCAGUUGGUCCAGCAAGUAAUCCAUCGCAUUCAAGAUUCAGUUUUCGAUAUAUCAUUUCCAUCUUUUGCUCUCCCUCCGACCACUACUGCUACUUCACUUGAGCUUAACUUAACUGCCCUCUCUCCUGGAGACUGCAACAUCAAGAUACCGUCUGAUGGAAUGGCUGUUAUUCGGCAGCCGUCAGAUCAGUCCGCUGCCUGCGAAAGUACCGUGGCUUUGGUAAACGGACGUGCUGGGGAGAAUGACUGUCAAGACACUAAAGCCGUCAUGAAGAAAAAGAUAUCUAAACGGUUGCAAAGGCUGAGGAGCCGCAGACGUAGGAGGAGACGCUUGAACAGCUCUGAGGAUUCUGAUUUAAGUGAUGGUGAUUUCCCAUAUGGUGAUGGCACUUCGAGUUCAGACGACGGGAAUUCAAAUAUAAGUGAGAGUACAGAACUAGAUCUGGACUUGAGCUCCGACGUUGAGGAAGAUGAUGAUGAGGAAGACGAGGGCGAUCAAAGCCCCAAAAUGCUGCAUAUCAAUUCUGACAGCUCCAAAGUCGCAGUGAAGCGCGGCAAAACACUUGACCAAGACGCUACUAAAGAUGAAUUAAAUAAAUGCAAUGGGUUGAAAUCCGGGAAGAAAGGCGACAGAAAUCUCGCCAGUCCGCUCAUAAAUACCAACGGCUCGGUUAAGGAUGAAGGUAGCUGUCGCGAUAGUGUGAUGAUUAGCGGUGGAAGUUUAAAUAAUUUUGAAGCAGUAGCAAUUAAAGAAAUUAACGCUGAAGACAAGGACGUGGAUAAAAACAGAAUGAAGAAUGGUCAAGUGCUAGAUCCAGCAGAUGCGAUUGAGUUUGUUGCUGGAGAGAGGCUUCUGCACGCAAUUAAAGUGUGCGCCGACUGGCUCCGCGGAGACGGCGACGCAAUAAGAGCUUGCGGACGUGAAUCCCAAACUCUUCUGUCCAGAUUUGUAACUCUGUUGAACCUCAUCAAUGUGAAUGCAGAUGCGUUUGAGAAAGGAUCAGAUGUUGACCAGUUGUUUAAACUGAAAAAUAUUGCGGAGAUUUUCAGGAAAGUUCCCUUACCAGAGGAUGUGACACUGAAAGGUCUGUCGUCGUUGAAGACGAGCCAUGCCGCUAUAGAUUGGGAAUACCUUCGUCAUCACUGUCUGCUUGUGAAUGAAGAAGCCUUACUGCGUGUGUACAAACUGGUGGACUUUGGCCACUUCGUUGCUUCCGUCCCGGAUACAGGAGUGAGUUACAAUUCGGAGCAGAAGCUGUUCGCCUUCGUCGGCGAAACUGGCAGAGUCCCGGGUGAAAUCUCAAAAGACAAGAUUAAAGAGACUGCUACAGCCAAUGUGCCGGAUGUUAAUAAUGCUGGAACCAACGAUCAGUCAGCAUCUGCCUCAAAGCCAGAAACAUCGUCUCGCCGAGGGCAAUUGAUGCAUCACAUGGGUCAACUGUGGCUCCGUGCAGAAGUACGCGAUUUGGAGUCUCGAGUUCGACAUCGAGGUGCUGCCUUUUCACCUUACCUUGCUGUUGAUAGUGAUGCCCUCAUUCAUCACAUGCACUUUGUGAAACAGUUGGUUGGAGCCCACAAAUUCAUCAUCCUCAUUCCAUCUGUUGUUCUGUCAGCACUAGACGAGUUGAAGAGAGAGGUCGGAAAAGCUCGUGAGACAAUUCGUUGGCUUGAAUCUCAGUUCCAAAGAGGUAACCGUUUCCUGCGAGCCCAGCGAUCUCAUGAGCGUCUUCCUCUGCCCCUCAUCAAGUACCCCAAGAAGAAGGAUAAAGAGGCGUGGCUGUUUUUCCAAGUGGUAGAAUGCUGCCACUAUUUCAGCCAGCAGACCGGAGUACAUGAGAGACAUCCUGAGGUAGCCCUGGUUACACUUCUGACUGGGGGUGGCGCCAAAGACGAAGCCAGUAAAGGCUUCAGUUUCUUGGGGAUUGCCACAUCAGCAGGCAUCAACUUGGAGCAUAUAGAGUCAUUUCACGCUAAAUGGAAAACAUCGAGUAAGAGCCAUGGCUGACUCCUCACUUCCUGUACCAGCGAGAGAAGCUGGACGAAGCUACGACGACGACCACCACCGCCCCUUAUAGCUAAGGAGGAAUGCUGGGCAGAAGUGGGGGGGGGGGACAUUGGGUGUAAGACAGAUGACAGAAAACGAGUGGGGAGAGAGGUACAAGUUGUAAUUGGCUAUCGAUACAGGGAGAGCGUAAUUCUGUAAUGAUUACGUUUGAUGCAGUAUAAUCGGUAUAUAAUGUUUUUUCAUUGAAUAAUCAAGUUUACUGCUGUAUUUUGCUUUGGAUUUAAGUUUGUGGAAAAUUUUUAAACUUACGUCAGAGAGCGCGUGGAGAUUUCUCGAUAAUGUUGUACGGGUUAUACUGUAAGUCGCGCGGAUGGAUUCGGCGAGAAGGCGAAGUAUCCCGACUGAUUUCAGAUAAUUAUUUAAGUAUUUCCAGAAUCUAGGUGUUAUUCUAUCUUUCGUUUUAAUUAAAAUAAAUAUAUGUAACACUAUGCGCAUUUGCGUAGAUCUUUCUACGUUUCCUUCGUAAUACUUUCCUUGUCUUUUGAAACUUGUGCGCAGGAUUGGCGACUCUUUAAUUUUAACUUCUAAUGGGUGCCAAUGGUGUUAUCAGUCACAGAAUUUGCAGGAUUGAUGACGGUAUGAAAACUGAGGGGGGGAAAAAGUAAUCUUAAAGUUUUAUUAUGUAACGGUGGGUAUCCAAGACAUUGUUUAUAAUAUCGUGUCUUAAAAUUAUGUAUUAUUCAGAAUA